AUGCUUGAGUCGUGGAGACAAAGAUUAUCACCAAUAGAAUGGUCAAUAAAGUUAUAUAAUGGAUUUAGUUGUAAAGAAGAUACCGAAAAUGAUUUUAAGAUUGACCCAGUGGAAUUAUGUGAAAUAUUAUUGGAUCAAAUGAAUAUAGGUCAAAGCCCAAGUCCAUUAUUAGCAUCAUAUUUAAGAUAUGCAAUUUCUAUAAAGUUAAUUGAAUAUACAGAUUUAUUUGAAAGUGUUUAUAAAUAUUCCAGUAUAUCAAGACCACAUCAUUUUAGUGUUAUUUUAGAUAUUUUACUAGAUGUAGUUAAUAUUAUAAAUUUUACACAUCAAAAUAAUAGUUUAGUUAGUAAUAACGUUAGCACCCCAACCAAUAAUAAUAAUACUGUAUCGAAAUUAAUUUAUUCUAAAGUUUUAUCAUCUCCAACAUUUAAUAGUAAUAAAAAACAAACAAACCAUAAUAGCAACAGCUCUAGCAUUAUCAAUAGCAGUAGUAAAUUAAGUAGUAUUGAAAAUGAACAACCAUCAAAUAAUAAUAUAAACGAAAAUAAUAGCAAUAGCAAUAACAAUAAUAAUAAGGGUACAAGUAGUAAUAACAAUGAUUCAAAUGGAACUUUAUCAUCAUCAUCAUUAUCAACUCCAGUUUCAGCAAUGGCAGGUGCAACUAAUGAACAUAAUUUUGAAAACAGUAGUACUUCAAAUGAAGAAAAUGGAGUUUCUAGCGACAAUAACUCACAUAGAGGUGAAAAUGGAACAGUUCAAAUGAAUGGAAUUACCGAUCAUAACCACAUUGGCAAUAAAAGAAAAGAAAUGGAUACCGAUGAAAAUGAUGACCAAAAUGUGCACCAUCUUAAAAAGAUUAAGCAUGAUAAUGAACAACCACAAAUUACAACCACCACCACUACAACCACCACUACAACUACAACCACUACAACCACCACAACAUUAGAUGAGGGAAAUUUAAACUUUACAACAACAAAUAUUUACGAUAAAUCACAACCAAAGCAACAAACCCCUUCCUCUUUAUUAUCAUCGUCACUAUCUUUUUAUAAUAAACAACUCUUAUCAUUUACAAAAUUAGCAACCCUUUUAUUUAAAGCUAUUGAUUUUUAUUAUCAAGAAGAAGAGCAGAUUAAAUUACAACAACAAUAUCAACAAACAAAUUCAAACGAGCCAUCGACAAUAGCUAAUUUAAAUACAAAUAUACUUUUUAAAAACUCAUCAAAAUCAUUAGAAAUUUUAUCAAUAAUCCAAAAUAACUCUACAUUUAAAUCAUUUAUUUAUUUAUCAAAAUACCAAUAUACUUUAACUUGCUUUAAAGAUUUAGUUUCAACAUUUGUAUCUACACAAAAUUAUCUUAGAGACUAUUUAAAAAAUAAUCAGCAACAACAACCAAUAUCAUCAAGCCAAUCACAAACCGCCGCCACACCAAAUAGUAAUCCGCUUUCUCAACUAAUUAAACAAAAAUAUCAAAAGCUAUUUUUAGAAUUUAGAAUGAUACUUGUAAAUAAAGCCGAUAUUUUACCAACUGGUGAUAUUAUCCCAUUAGCCCACAACCAGAUCCAUUCAGAUAAGCCAUUGGUCCUAUCAUUCGAAUUUAUUAUUGAACAAGAAAUUACAGGUAACAGCUUUAAAAGCUUUAAAACAAGAGAUAUCAGUCACAGUAAUAAUAACAGCCUAUUAAAUCCAAGCAUCAGCAAUGGUAAUUUGGUCGCAGAUUCAAAGGACAGCAAUGACUUAAACAGUGGUGGCUCAUCAGAUGUUACUAUUCAGGAUGAUGCCUCAAUAAAUAAUAUCGGUCAACAACACUCAUCUCUAGAAAGCCAACAAAAACUUCAACAACAAUUACAACGAAUAAAGCAGUCUAAAGAGGUUGAAAAUGUAUCUGAUUGCUUUACAAAGCUAUUAGCUUUAAAAACAAUCAAAUCAAUGACUGAUAUAGAAUUCCUCUUGGAGAUUGUAAAGAUUUUAUUCCAAAAGCUCGUCAAUUGCGAACCAAACUCCAAUAAAUUUAAAAAGACAAAGUUAUUUUUAUUAUUCAAAGUGCCACAGCUCUAUUCAAUUAUGAAGGCAAAUAAUGGCCAUAGUGACAACAGCAUCAAUAAGAAAGACUCCAACAAAUCAAAUAAAUUGAACAAUCCAGAUGACAGCAUUAACGAUGGUAUCAUGGAUAGCACUGAUAAUACCAAUAGUAAUGAGAAUCUCGAUAGCAACAAUAUAAAUGAAAAUGGUGAUGCACCCAACGAUGGUUCAAUCAAUAGCAGCACAAAUUCAAAUGGUAUUGGUAAAUCAAUUGGAUCAAACAGCAAAGGAAUGAAUAGAAAGAAAGCCUCAAUCGAUAGCUAUAAUGUAAUUGAAACAGUGUUAUACCAAAUUAACCAAUUCCCAACAUUAGCUCAAGUCGAAGACAACAUUGUAUUUUCUUUAAUACAAAUUUUAAUUAAAAAACAUUUAGUAGAUAUUAAACUAUUAAAAAAACUCUUUAGCAACUAUUUAACCGACAUUGAUUCAUUGGAUUCAGAAAUUCAAGCCCCACCAUCAUCUGAGUUAUCAUUUGAUAAUAUUCAUAUGUUAGAACUUCAUUCAUUAGCAGAUGUUUUGAAAAUUAAAGAAUUAAUCGAAUCAUUAUUAAAUAGUACAGAUCCAAACAAUACCUCAAUUAUGAAAAAGUUAUUUGAUUUUAUUAAACAAUAUUUAGUUACACCAUUUGAUUAUCAAGACAAAUUAUUAGGUGUCAUUUUUAAUAUUUUAGAAAAUAUCGAUUAUGAUUCAAACAAGUUAUUAGUAAUGGUUGCAAUGUAUAUUUUUUCAGAUCCUUUAGUUAUUGAUUGUUUAGAUGUCCAUGGUUAUACACUUAGAUUAAUUAUGAUUUUAAUCAACAUAUGUGAAACCUAUGGCUCAACAACCUACCAACAAUUACUUCAAGAUAAUCCAAUGUAUGAAACAGAACAUAAUCAUAACCAAAAACAUUUAUAUUUUUAUUUUACAAUUCCAUUUAAUUUACUUUAUGUUUUAUUAUUUGUUUUAUAUGAUGUCAAAAAUAACAAAUACAAUUUAGAUUUAAUUAAAUCGAAAUUAUUGGAAUCAAAUUUAAAGUGCAAUAAAUUUACAAAUUGGCUUUAUUAUACAAUUAGGGAUUCAAAUAUAAAUAACAGCAAUACCAACAGUGCCAAUAAAGAGUCAUCAUUUGAAUACCAAUUUUUAAAGAAUUUACUAGAAUCAAGUUUUACAGAUGACGGUAUUGAAAAGUUCCAAACCUUAUCACAAAAAGACUAUUCAUCGUGGGAUGUUGUUUCAGGAUUACCAAAUAUAUUACACAAUAUUUUCGACUGUUAUGAUAGAAACAUUAUUCCAGAUGAAAAAGUUACAAAAACCAUUUCCUUACUAUUCCAGUAUGUUCCAUUCUCACCAAUUGUAAUUUUUGAUUAUUUAUCAAAAACCAAAUCAACAUUAUUUACAUCCUCACCUACAACCACCACCACCUCGACCACAAAGUCACCAAAUUCCACCACCACAACCACUACCACCACUACAACUUCAACAACCACCACCUCAAACCAAUUAAAUAAAGGUAAUACAACCAAUAGUGCUAAUAAUGCUAAUAAUAAGCCUAAUCAAUCAGCAUCGCAACAAAACGGUAGACCAUCAACCACAGGUACAAAUAAUAAUUUAUCAAAAAGAGAUAAAGCCAUUAGUUCAAUUGAAGCUUGUUUUUGGAAUUUAAAUGAAAAUCGUUUAUUAUUCCGUUUAUCAGAUUAUCAUAAAUCAAUAGUAUCUGAAGAAAAUAUAAAUGAUUUAUACAAAUUAUUUGAACCAAUUUUCGAAACCACAAGUUUAACUCUAUUCCCAAAAACAAGAAAAUUCAGCGAAUUUAGAUACUAUUCAUAUCAUUCAACUCUAUUUAACCCAACCUAUCAUACCUUUUUAUCUCCACCCGCUCAACUUUAUACAAUGUCAGCAACCGUUGCAAUUCAUCAAGUAAUUGAACAGUUCUUGAACAAACCCUCACCAGACUUCCUUAGCCUCGAGUGUGAAAUCAAAUAUAUUCUUAUGAGAUCCUCAUCAAAUAUUUAUCAAAUUGUAAAUUUAGUAGCCAAAGAAAUUUUUGAUAUAAUAUUACAAUCGAAUCAAGUCGAAUCUCUUUAUUCAGUCCGUGCAAUCGAAUUAGGUGGUUAUAUUUUAGGCUCAUUAGUUGGGGUGGAAUCAUUACCAAUCAUUUUAAAUUCAAUAAUACCCUCCUGGUCUGAACAUAUUCAAUCAUCAUAUCAAGGACAAUUGAUGGCAUUUUUCUGCUUCAACAUUAUCAUUCAUUCAAAUGCUAUCUAUUAUAUUGAAACAGAUUAUUCAAUUAGAAAGUCAUUUAAAAAGUUUUUACUUUUAUUGAAUGAUACAAUGAAAAGAAUGUAUUUGGUCGGUCCAUUAAACGGUGUUAUAGCAUUCGCUUUAUCAUUCAUCACUCUUUUAAUUCAUUUUAAUAAUUCAACAUUUAAUAAUUGUUUACAACAAUCCAAUAGUAAUAAUCAACAAUCACAGCAACAGCAGCAACAAAUUAGCAAACUAUAUAAUAUUAAUAAUUUAAAUAGCAACUUUUCAAUCAAUACUCAAAUGAUUAACCAACUUUAUGAAACUGUAGCUAAAAAUAUUAAAUCUAAAAAGAAUUUAACUAUUUUAAAGCAAAAGCAAUUACAAAAUGAAAUUACUUUGGAACAAUACCAACAAAAAAUUCAACUAUUUAAUCAAAAACAAACAGAACUAGAACUUUGUUUACAAUCACAAGAGCAACAACUACAGAAACAAAAACAAUUACUACACAAGCAACAAUCCUCAUUAAAAUCAAUAUUUAAUAUUUUAUCAACUUCACAAAUGGAGGAUUUAGCAAUAUCUAUCCAAAACCUUUCAAAUUUCUUUUUAGCGAUUUCAAUUUAUGAUAAAAAUGAUCUUCAUAAUUGUUUAAAAUUAUUUAAACAUAAAUAA